UGGAUGAUCUAAAUGAUUUAAUAAAUGUGGUUCAACAAUCUACAGUAGAUGGGUAUAAUCAGGCAGAAACUGUUUACGACUCAAGUGGAAAUAAAAAGAUUAUUUUCUAUAAGUGGUCUAAAUUUUUAAGCCAAUUUUUUACUCCAAUACCAUCAAUUCUAAAACAACAUCAUUUUAUACUUUCUAGUAAGAACAUUGAAAAAGUUGAGAUUCGAACAUUUAAUGAUAGUACAUCAAAAGAAAUUAAUAUUGCACAGACUAAUUCAAUUUCCUGUAUUAAAGAUACCUUUCCAGAUGAAAUACCAGCACGUGAGAUUAGUUUAGAGCAACAAUGGACCUAUAUGAAGAAAUAA